AUGCCCGGAGAGUAUCUUGAACCAGACGUGCAUAUCAAAUGCGACAACUCCGGGACCAUUGACCUCGAUAACGUCGAGCUGAACGGCGGGUUCCUGGUCAAGACCCUCUGCUUGAGUAUAGACACCUUCAUGCGGAACAUGAUGCAUGGUAGAUCCCUCGACGCUAAACUCAAACCGUACAUCCCCAAGUAUGCGCUCGAUAAACCCAUCUACGGCUACGGGCUAGGCAAAGUCAUCCGCUCGGAGGAUGCAAAUUACUCACCUGGAGAUGUUGUGCAUGGCUGGCUGUUCCACGAAGAGUACUCAGUCUACACCGGACCACUGCUUCCCGUCAUCCCCUUCCGCAAGAUCGAGGAUAUAGGCCUUCCGUGGACCCUGUACGUGGGAGUCCUCGGCAUGCCAGGUCAGACUGCAUAUCUGGGAUGGAAGGGCUACAGUAAAGCUAAACCUGGCGAGGUCGCUUUCGUCUCGACCGCCGCAGGCGCUGUCGGUUCGCUUGUUGUGCAGCUUGCGAAACGUGAUGGUCUGCGCGUAAUCGCGUCCUCCGGCUCCGACCACAAAGUUGCAUUCGCAUCAGAGUGUGGUGCUGAUGUCUCCUUCAACUAUAAGAAGGAACGGGUAUGGGAUGUUCUUGCGCGCGAGAAGGGGAUAGACGUCUAUUUCGACAACGUGGGUGGCGAGCAUCUUGACGCAGCGAUAGCGAGCGCCAACCGCUUCGCAAGAUUCAUCGAGAACGGGAUGCCUUCGCUGUACAACAAGGAGCCAUACACUCUUGAGAACUUUGGUAUGAUCACCGGCAAGGCGAUGACUCUACAGGGCCUUCUCCAUCAUGCCAUGCUUCCUCCGUUUGAGGACGAGUUCUACGCGACUAUGCCGCAACUCGUCAAAGAUGGCGCUAUAAAGUUUCGCGAAGAAGUAUCGCAGGGACUCGAGACAGUCAGCCGAGCGAUGUGCGACGUAGUCUCUGGUAGGAACUUCGCAAAGCGCGUGGUCGUGGUGGCAAACGAUUGA